AUGGGUAGUAGACGUCAUAAGAACAAGCAAGCCGCUCCACCCACCUUGGAGGAAUUUCAAGCUAGAAAGGAUAAAAAGCUCAAUAGAAAGUUAGAAAAAGGUAAGAGAUCUUCUGCCACGCAGGGUGAUGAGGCUACCGAUAGAAAGAAAAAGAAAUCGAAGCCAUUCAAGAAAUCUAGGAAAGAAGAAGUUGAAAUUGUUGAGGAAGAUAAGAACUUGCCGGAAGUUGAUCUUGAGGAGUUGUCCAAGGCCAGAAAGUCAUUGUUUGACGACGAAGAAGAUGCCGAUCAAGCAGGAUCAGUGGACGAAGAACUAAAAGAUGAAUUCGACUUGGAACAGGAAUAUGACUAUGAUGAAGAUGAAGGUGACGAUGUCCACCCCAUAUUCUCAGAUGACGACAAUGAUGAGGGUGACCUUGAGAAACUAAAUGCACAAAAUAUGGAAGCUCUUUCCAAGAAACUGGAUGAAGAAGAGGCUGAAGAAGCUGAAGAAGCUGAAAUGGAAUUAGCGGAAGCCGAUAACAUGCAACCAAGAGCGGAUGUCUUGCCCACUGAGGAACAAGAGGAAAUGAUGGCUCAGGAGGCUCCUAAUCUAACAUCUACCAGAACAAGAAUGAUUGAAAUUGUCAAGGUCCUAGAAAACUUCAAGACCCUUGGUGCAGAAGGCAGAUCGAGAGUAGAAUACGUUGACAGACUUCUAAAAGAUAUCUGUGAGUACUUCGGUUAUACACCAUUUUUGGCCGAAAAAUUAUUCAAUUUAUUCUCACCAGCUGAAGCGAUGGAAUUUUUUGAAGCUAACGAAAUCGCAAGACCAAUCACUAUCAGAACUAACACGCUAAAGACUAGAAGAAGAGAUCUAGCCCAAACUCUUGUGAAUAGAGGUGUCAACCUACAACCAAUUGGUCCUUGGACCAAAGUUGGUUUACAAAUCUUUGAUUCACAGGUGCCAAUUGGUGCCACUCCAGAAUAUUUGGCAGGUCACUAUAUUUUACAAGCGGCAUCAUCAUUUUUACCAGUUAUUGCCUUAGAUCCUCAUGAAAAUGAGCGUAUCUUAGAUAUGGCAGCAGCUCCAGGUGGUAAAACCACCUACAUAUCAGCCAUGAUGAAAAACACGGGUUGUGUUUUUGCUAACGAUGCCAAUAAAUCUAGAACCAAAUCCUUAAUUGCUAAUAUCCAUCGUUUAGGCUGCACCAACACCAUUGUAUGUAAUUAUGAUGCCCGUGAAUUUCCUAAAGUCAUAGGUGGCUUUGACAGAAUCUUGUUGGAUGCUCCAUGUUCUGGUACUGGUGUUAUUGGUAAGGAUCAAUCUGUCAAGGUUUCCCGUACUGAAAAAGACUUUAUUCAAAUUCCACAUCUACAAAAGCAAUUGCUUUUAUCUGCUAUUGAUUCCGUUGACUGCAACUCGAAACAUGGUGGUGUAAUAGUAUAUUCGACAUGUUCUGUUGCUGUCGAAGAAGAUGAAGCAGUAGUAAAUUACGCAUUAAGAAAAAGACCCAAUGUCAAGUUAGUCGAAACUGGCUUAGCCAUUGGUAAGGAGGGAUUCACUAGUUACAGAGGUAAGAAUUUCCAUCCUAGCGUAAAGUUGGCAAGAAGAUACUAUCCACAUACUUAUAACGUCGAUGGUUUUUUUGUUGCCAAAUUCCAAAAAAUCGGUCCAUCUUCAUUCGAUGAUAACCAAGCUAGUGCCAGGGAAAAGGAAACUGCUGCUAGAAAGGAAGCUUUGGAAGAAGGUAUCAUUCAUUCUGAUUUUGCUACCUUUGAAGACGAAGAAGAUGAAAAGUAUAUCAACAAGUCCGUGAAGAACAACCUUUUGAAAAGAGGUGUCAAUCCAAAGGCUAAAAAGCCUUCCAACGAAAAGUGA